CGCGUGUGACGUUCUACUCAAAUGAGCGUAGAAGAAGACUUCCCCCCCGACGACUUUGACGUUUCGCAGCAGCACUUGUCCUGACCUUCUCACUGCAGCGCGACUAACUGGAAGAUGGCUGGACGCGCUUUUGCCAGUUGGUGGUCCAAGAUGGGCCCUUACUACACUAAGGCCUACCAGGAGAUGUGGGUGGGCAUCGGCAUCAUGUCGUACCUGUACUACAAAGUUUCAUAUGGAGGCACAAAGGCUGUGAAGGAAAAGCCUUCCCAUUGAGUUUUCCACCAUGCCAACCACCCCUCCACCUGCUCUGAAAUGAAGCCCAAUCCUUAGUCCAGAAAUCCAGCUUAAUAUUUGAAUUUUUGUUAAUAUGGAGCAAAUAAAGUUGCUAUCUAAAACUUGUA